AUGAAGAUCCAAUUAAAAUGUUAAAAUUUUAAGUAAUAUUAUUUCUCUUUAGGAGUUUUUUAACUAUUUUAUUCAACACUUCACUAAUAAUUGUUUAGCACAUUAUUAUAAUUUCCAAUUUACAACUUUGAUUCUCUUUUUGAAAUAAUUAAUCGUAUUUCUGCAUUAGGGAGCUUAAUAUUUUUAGUUCAAAUCCUUCUUAAAUUGCUUUCCAUCACAACAUCUAAAAUUAAAGAUAAACAAAAAUGGAAGUAUUUCUUUUAAGAUACUAAAACUGAAUUUUGGCAGCUAAUUACAAACCAUUUCAAAUUUAUAGAACUGUAUUCUAUAAUACAAUUAUAACUGAAUUCAUAAGGUAUCCUGAAGCAUAAUCAGUUUUACUUUCAAUGUAGUCUUUAUUUUAUUAAAUCUACUUGAUUCUCUAUACACCUAUAUGAUCUAAUUUUGAAUAAGCAAAAUUACUAUGUAGAUAAAUUAUACUUUUAAUCAACACAGGAUCAUUUUUAAUUUAUUCCUUAGAAUUAAAUGAUGAAUAAUAUUUGCUCUAUGGAUGGUUGCAUAUAUCUUUGUUUUGUUUUUUAAUGGGCUCUACCUUAAUUAUUGAAAUUCUAUAAUAAGGAUAAAAAGCCUAUUAUAUCCAUUUAAAGAAAAUAUAAACUUAAGAGAAAAUAAAUAGAGAGAGUUAUUCAGAAAAUCCAUUAUAAAAAUUUGUAGAAGUAAAAAAUUUAGACAUGAAAAAAUGA